AUGAAUUCUCUAAUGAAGUUAUUUAGAACAGUGAAUAGAAGUACCCCCUUGGGCCUCAAAACUUUAAGUGUACCACAGCAACAGUUUAUUAAAAUGUCAGCGAAUGCAUCCAUAUCUCAAAUACAAAGAGAAAAAGAUACUUUUCAGGAUCUUUUGCCAAGUAUCAUGGAUACGAUUGUUACUAGCACAAAGUUUACUGAGGUUCCAGAAGUUGCUAGUUGGACUAAAAAGGUACUGGAAUAUAACUUACAAGGUGGCAAAAAAACAAGAGGUCUUAUCACAACAUACACAUACGAAAGUGUUGAAGAUCCACAAAAUAUUACAGAAGAAUCACUAAAAAUCAGCAGAGUAGUGGGAUGGUGUGUUGAGAUGUUGCACGCUUAUUUCUUAGUUAUGGACGACAUAAUGGAUGGCUCGACGAAACGUCGUGGCGUGCCUUGUUGGUACAAACUGCCUAACAUAGGCCUCGGUGCCAUCAACGAUGCCAUUCUAAUACAAGCAUGUAUAUAUGAAGUGAUGAACACGUAUUGUAAACAUAUGCCGCAGUACACACAUCUCAUGAAUUUGCUUAACGAGGCUCUUCUAUAUACGUCAGCCGGGCAACACCUUGACUUCACAAUGGCGCAUCGCAACAAAAACGAUUACAGUAUGUUCACAUUGGAAAGGUACAGUUCUAUAGUGAAGUACAAGACAUCAUAUUACACACUAAAACUGCCGGUAUGCUUGGGAUUAGCUCUAGCGAAUAAACUAGAGCGAGAAACACACAACCAGGCAGAGAAAAUAUGCUUCGAAAUUGGUCAUUUGUUUCAAAUGCAGGACGAUUUCAUAGAUUGCUUCGGUGUGGAAAAAGUGACGGGAAAAAUAGGUACAGACAUACAGGAGGGUAAAUGUUCUUGGCUAGCGGUGCAAGCGUUACAGCGGUGUAAUGAUAAACAAAGGAAAGUAUUCGCAGCCUGCUAUGGCAGUUCAGAACCGGCACAUAUAGAAAGAAUUAAACGAUUAUAUGAAGAAUUGAACCUGCCCAAGAUAUAUCGUGAGGAGGAAAAGGCAAGACACGACGCGGUCGUACGACACGUACAACAGUUCCCAUCCGAUACGAUAUCCCCCGAUCUCUUCUUGAAGCUACUCAAUAUGAUAUACGACAGACAAAAA